UUUGGAAGCGUCGCUUGGUCUACUUCGCUCGCAGCGCUGCGAGCUACGAGGCUGUGCAAGUGCGGCCGCUAUGCAAAGUCUAUGCAUACAUCCCCAACGUAUAAGGCCACAAGGUAGCGCCAGCAUCGUGCCACACGCUUGUUGUUCCUGAAUGUCACCGUCCAACUUCGUCUCCGGUGCGAACACUUUUCGACUCGACUUCACUACGAGACUUAACCCACUUGAAGGCUAUAUAUAUUUCGUCAACAUGCCACCUGCGGGCUCGUACGGAAUUUGGAAUUUCUUUUCUGCUACACCGGAGGCGGGGAGAGUGUUCGAACCACCGCAGCCCGUGCCGAUUCAGCCAAAGGUACUAGAUGAGAGGCCAGUGGAUCAACAGAUGCAGAGCCCGUUGCUGGGGAUGCUGCCCGCGGAGAUUAGGAAUGAGAUUUAUGGUUGGGUGUUUAGAUAUAUGGGGGUCGAGGAGAUGGACGAGGCGGAUGAGGAAGAUGAGGAAGAUGAAGGAAAGGAGACAGAGCCAACUGGACACUCAGAGGACGGAGAUCCAGACGAAGCAAAAGAAGAGACAACACCCACCGCGAAGACUCCAAACUCACCACCAACCAAGCCGAAGCCGAAGCAGAAGCAGAAGCAGAAACCCACCCAGCCUCUCUCCCUCCUCCUCAGCUGCCGCAAAAUCCGAUUCGAAGCCACCCUCCUCGCCUUCUCAACCCGCACAUUCAUAACCCGCAGCACCUCCCCUCAAACCUUCCACGCCCUGCGGGCACGCACAAGCAUCCUCUCCAGCGCACAACUCUCCGCUAUAACAUCCCUCGCGUACGAUCUUAGCGAAGCAGAAACGUACUACUUCCACCGCGGAACGCCCUUCAUCGCGAAUUCCCUAAUUCUCUUCUCGGGGCUGAAGAAUCUCGAGUUACGCAUUAAAAAGGGGAAGCCGGUGGAGAGAAACGCUGUGCACGCGCAGACCCCAUGGCCCGCUUACGAGGGUGGACUGAAGGAGAGAAGGGUGCCGAGCUGGCUGCUGACGACGGUGCAGAACGUAGUUAAGGGAAGGGAGUAUGCGUGGCAAAAGGGUGAGAAGUGGAGCGUGUUGUGGCCGCAGGAGAGAACGGCUUGUUUUCUAGAAGAAAUGCUCGGGCAAGGACGCCCGGAAAUGGCGCGGGAGGCUGUAGCUGAGGCGAUGCAGGGGAUUGACGGCGUAGAGCCGUGCGCUUGUGCGUGCGGGGAACCGAGUUGGAUGAUGUGCGAGAUGCUGCAGGAGACGGGCCGACGUGUGCGUCUGCAAGUGCUUUACUAUGGGUCCGUGGAUCUCGACCGCUUCCGCGAGCUGCAGCGGCAUCGCGUUAGACUCGAGCCCGGCGCGGAGCCACUUCCCCUAACCAUGCUGCCGAAUGCCAACGCUCUGGGUUUUGGAUGGGACGGCGAGGCGGAGUACUGGGAGGGCUUUCGACGGAGUACGGAGGGGUUUACGGGGUUGUUGGAGAGGUUGGGUUGGGUGGGGAAGAGAGACGGACGGGGCAAGGGGCUGCCGGUUGUGCUGGAGCCGGGAGGCAAUGGAUGGCCUGUUAGUAGGAGGGAGGGCGAGGAUGCGUUUGCAUGGGAUGUGGAUGAGAGGUAUUGGAUGGAGUUGAGGGCGAGGAAUGGGGAUUUGGGGGCUAUAUGGGGGGUGCUUUGGAGGAGUGCUUAA